AUGACUCGCCUGGCAGAACUGACUCCUGAGGAUGUCUCUCGCCCCGAAAAUCCUCGUCCGGGUGUCUCUCGCACUGCCAGCCAUGCCCCUCAGCAGCCUACUCGCCCGGGCAUGUCCCGUACUGCCAGCGGUAUGCUUAUCCCGGGCGAUGCUGGAAAGAUUGUGGAAGUUCCCGUGACUGGUAGCUCUAUCAGUGAUGCUGCUGCUCUUAUGCACAACCUGAGUUUGUCGCCCUCUAUGAAGGAGCGUCGUAGCUCACGCAACUCUUUUGGUACUUCCCUACCUAUCCCGCGCUCACCGCGCACUUCGCAUCUGAGAUCCAAGCGACCCGCUUUGUCCCAAGAUCUUCUGGCCUCCCAGGUGCAGGAUAUGUCAAAGGAGAAGGUUGAGGCUGCGAAGAACAUGGCUUUCGCCUUUGACAUUGAUGGUGUGCUGGCUCACGGGUUAGAGCCUAUUGAGGAAGCCAAACAGGCGUUGAAGAUGCUCAACGGGGACAACGAGCUGGGGAUCAAGAUCCCCUAUGUGCUGCUUACCAAUGGUGGUGGUAAAACCGAGGAAGCUCGCUGCAAGCAACUUUCAGAGCAGCUAGAGGUCCCCAUCUCCACCCAGCAAUUCAUUCAGUCACACACUCCCAUGCAAGCAUUGGCAGAAUACUAUGAGACUGUUCUCGUCUGUGGAGGCGAAGGAUACAAGGUUCGUGAAGUUGCUGAGACUUAUGGCUUCAAGCACGUCGUGCAUCCCAAGGAUAUCCAGGCAUGGGAUCCCACUAUCUCCCCAUGGGGCACUUUCACCGAGGAGGAUCGUGCCGGUGCUAAGCCGCGCGACUUCUCCAAGAUGAAGUUUGAUGCCAUUCUGGUCUUUGCCGACUCUCGCGACUAUGCGACCGAUUUCCAAAUUAUCCUUGACUUGCUCCUCUCAGAUAACGGCAAGCUCCUGACCCGUGCCGAGGACCCGGAGAACAGCCGCAUCCCAAUCUAUUUCUCCCAGGGUGACUUUGUCUUCGCGACCGCCCAUAAGGGCCCCUCGCGUCUAACUCAAGGUGCCUUCCGUAUCGCUAUUGAAGCCCAAUACAAGGCCGCCACCGGCGUCGAGCUUGAGCGUAUUGUGUAUGGCAAGCCUGAGCGCGCCACUUACACUUAUGCUGACGAAGUUCUCAAAAACUGGAUGGAAGAAAUCCACAACGAGAAUCGUCUGCCCAAGAAUGUCUACAUGAUUGGUGAUAACCCUCAGUCUGACAUCGUUGGCGGCAACAUGUACGGCUGGAACACUUGCCUGGUUCGUACAGGUGUCUUCCAAGGCAAAGAGGGCGAGAAUGAUGCAAACAACCCUGCCAACUUCGGAGUGUAUGACCACGUUUUGGACGCCGUCAAGGCAGUCGUUCGCAAAGAAAUCGGUCAGGACUUCAAAUUCGAAUGGAAUCCUAAGGUCAACCCUGUUCUCGAUGCCGAUAGUACCUCGGCGGUUGAGUAA